ACAAGUUGCUCAACCCCUUGCUUUACAAAAUGAGGGGAGAAGAGGUGAAUGAGUUCCACUUCGGCUUUCUAGAGUUGUCAAAUCGUCUUGUGGAGUUAGCAGAUAACUUGUCUGAUUACGAGGAGGACGUCAAAGACAACUCAUUCAACAUAGUGUGCGUGUUUUACAAAGUUUAUGGACCAAAACUCGGUUCACAAAUGCUGGCUGAGUACAUUUCCGCUGUUAAACUACGGUUUGAAGAAAAACUAAACAAGCUAGAGCCGGAGCUGAGAGAAAAGUUCCCAAUUCGUUAUCAAGAGGAGCUUUCGAGAGGCAAAAGCAUUGCGGAAACCUGGGAAGUGCCCCCAUUUAUCGAUGAGACACCUUAUAGCGCUUUGGUAUCAAGCAAAUGAUACACUAAACCA